CCCCUCUCCCCUCCCCCUGCCCUUUGCCCUCCCAGCAGCAUCUGGACAAGCCCCAGCAAGAAGCAACAGUCGCACCAUGGUUCCUCAGGCUCGCCGCUGGCUGGUGUUUUUCUGCUUUCUGCUCCAGCUUCAGGGACCCCUAGGAACUGUAGUUUUCAUAACCCAGGAGGAAGCACACAGUGUCCUCCACAGGCAAAGGCGGGCCUACGCGUUCCUGGAGGAGCUGUGGCCGGGUUCCCUGGAGAGAGAAUGCCUCGAGGAGCAGUGCUCUUUUGAGGAAGCCCGAGAGAUCUUCAAGAGCACGGACAGAGCAAAGCAGUUCUGGAUCGUGUACACAGAUGGGGACCAAUGCGCCUCGAAUCCGUGCCAGAACGGGGGCACCUGUCAGGACCACCUCCAGUCUUACAUCUGCUUCUGCCUCAUAGACUUUGAGGGCCGGAACUGUGAGAAGAACAAGAAUGAGCAGCUGAUCUGUGCCAAUGAUAACUGUGGCUGUGACCAGUACUGCACUGACCAUCCAGGGGCCAAGUGCACCUGCCACUGCCAUGAGGACUAUGUGUUGCAGCCAGAUGGGGUGUCCUGCAAACCAAAAGUUGAGUAUCCAUGUGGGAAAAUACCUGUUCUGGAAAAAAGAAAUUCCAGCGGCCCCCAAGGCCGGAUUGUGGGAGGCAAAGUGUGCCCCAAAGGGGAGUGUCCAUGGCAGGCUGUGCUGAAAAACAGUGGCUUACUGCUGUGCGGGGCCGUCCUAUUGGACAGUACGUGGAUUGUGUCUGCAGCCCACUGUUUCGAUACGAUCAGGAGCUGGAGGAACAUAACAGUGGUGAUGGGUGAGCACGACUUCAGUGAGAAGGAUGGGACCGAGCAGGUACGACGGGUCAGACAGGUCAUUAUUCCUAACAAGUACAUCCGAGGCAAGAUCGACCACGACAUUGCCCUGCUCCGUCUCCACCAACCUGUGACCUUCACUGACCAUGUGGUACCCCUGUGUCUGCCCGAAAGGGCCUUCUCCGAGAGAACCCUCUCCAGAAUCCGCUUCUCGAGGGUCAGUGGCUGGGGCCAGCUGCUGGACCGCGGGGCUACAGCCCUGGAGCUCAUGGCUGUCGAAGUGCCCCGGAUGAUGACUCAGGACUGCCUGGAACACGCCAAGCACAGUCCCAACACCCCCCAGAUCACCGACAACAUGUUCUGUGCUGGCUAUAUGGACGGCACGAAGGAUGCCUGUAAAGGCGACAGCGGCGGCCCCCACGCCACACACUACCGUGGCACCUGGUACCUGACAGGUGUGGUCAGCUGGGGGGAGGGCUGUGCGGCUGUUGGCCACGUUGGAGUGUACACCAGGGUCUCCAGGUACACAGAAUGGCUGAUCAAGUUCAUGAACUCCAAGCCCCAGGUCGGGAUUUUUCAAGUGGAGCUACUGUGCUCAAAAAUAUCCCCACCAGAUAAGGUUUCUAAGGACUGGGUCAGCAUGAGUGCCAGUAGUCUGGUCCACAUGGAGAAGGUGGGGACAGCUGAGCACUGUCCCCUCACAGGACAAAUCUGCAAGCUGGGGCCAGCCAGAGGACUGAGGGCUUGGGCGCAAACCCCACAUGUGCCCUGGUACCCAGGCUUUGCCUCAUCCCCAUCUCAACUAACAGGAGGUAGGGUGAGUAUUAGGAAGCUCUAUAACUGCUCUCAGUGCAAAGCAGGCCCUUCCAGGCAGUUUGGGAUAAGGAUAGCCAGCCCGGAAAAGGCUGGGGCUGGUGUCCACAGUUCCCAGUCCCCUGACCUCAUUGCUGGCUGGGGCUCCAAUCAGGAGGCUGAGAUAAGCAGGAGGACCAUGGCCACCUGGGGCCCAGAGCAAGUGAACCUUGCCCCUGAGCCUGUCCCAGCAGCUGCUGUCCUUGACCACACCAUGGGGAGCCCGCUGAGACUCAGCCUGCUCUAUGUUGCCCUGGCCAGCCUCCUGUCACCUGGAAGAAGCUUGUUUAUUAACCGGGAACGCGCCAACAAUGUCCUUACGAGGAUUCCAAGGGCAAACUCAUUUUUUGAAGAGAUGAAGAAGGGAAAUCUGGAAAGAGAAUGUGUGGAAGAAGUAUGUUCUUAUGAAGAGGCCCGCGAAGUCUUCGAGGAUACUCAGAAGACGAAUGAAUUCUGGAACAAAUACAAAGAUGGUGACCAGUGUGAAACCAACCCUUGCCAGAAUCAAGGCAAGUGUCGUGACGGUCUCGGCGAGUACACAUGCACCUGCGUGGAGGGAUAUGAAGGCAAAAACUGUGAAUUCUUUGUUCGGAAACUCUGCAGCCUAGACAACGGAGACUGUGACCAGUUCUGCAGCGAAGAGCAGAACACGGUGGUGUGCUCCUGCGCCAGCGGUUACUUCCUGGGUGAUGACGGCAAGUCCUGCAUCUCCACAGUACCCUUCCCCUGUGGGAAAACCACCAUAGGACGCAGGAAGAGGUCCUUGGACCAGAGCGCCAACCACAGUGAGCCUUUCCCUGAAGACCUCCUGGACUUAGGUUUGCUGUCCCCUACGGAGAGUCCUUCUGAACUGCUCAACCUCAACCAGACACAACCGGAAAAGGACAGCUCAAGCGUUAUUCGGAUUGUGGGUGGCCGAGCAUGCAAAGACGGAGAGUGUCCCUGGCAGGCUCUGCUCAUCAACGAUGACAACGAUGAGGGCUUCUGUGGGGGCACCAUCUUGAACGAGUUCUACAUCCUCACGGCGGCCCACUGUCUGCACCAAGCCAAGCGGUUCAGGGUGAGGGUAGGGGAUCGGAACACAGAGAAGGAAGAAGGCAAUGAGAUGGUGCACGAGGUGGACGUGGUCAUAAAGCACAACAAGUUCGUGAGGGAGACCUAUGACUUCGACAUCGCAGUGCUCAAGCUGAAGACUCCCAUCACGUUCCGCAUGAACGUGGCCCCUGCCUGCCUGCCUCAGAAGGACUGGGCUGAGGCCACACUGAUGACGCAGAAGUCAGGCAUCGUGAGUGGGUUUGGACGCACGCAUGAGAAGGGCCGCCAGUCAAACAUCUUGAAGAUGCUGGAGGUGCCCUAUGUGGAUCGCAACACCUGCAAGCUCUCCAGCAGCUUCACCAUCACACAGAACAUGUUCUGUGCUGGCUAUGAUGCCAAACUGGAGGAUGCCUGCCAGGGGGACAGUGGCGGCCCCCAUGUCACUGAGUACAAAGGCACCUACUUCGUGACUGGCAUUGUCAGCUGGGGAGAAGGGUGUGCGAGGAAAGGGAAGUAUGGGAUCUACACGAAGGUCACGGCCUUCCUCAGGUGGAUCGAGAAGUCCAUGAAAGCCAGGGUGGUACCCACAUCUGAGACCCCAACAUCAACAAAUUCUCCCCAUUAAAGCAGCUCUCUAGA